AUGAGAUUACAAUACGUCAUAUUAUUUUUGAGUAUUGUGCUUAUAAAGUUGGCACAAAAUGGGAGAUUUGCGACAGAUGUUGUAAACCAGUCAAGUUCAGAAUCUUCUUAUGAAGAAAAUGAAGGUAGCAGACCCGAAGAUUCAAGUUCAAGCUCAUAUUUAGGUAAAUCUGAUAAGAAUAACUCUAAAAACGAACACUCUGUUCAAAGUACGUAUGCUGAUGAGGAUGAAGAAGGCUCCGGUGAAUUAAGUUCCGAAGGAGACGCUUCUGAAAGUGAGACAAAAGGAGAUCAAAAAUCAUUUGAAAAUAAAGGCGAGGAGAUUCCAAUAAAUCAAAGCGAAGGUCAAGAUACCAACAUAGAACAGAGUUCAAAUCAGAGUAAUAAGCUUCCAGACGAAGAAAGUGGAGCAGCAUCUUUAUCGGGAGAUUUUGUUUUAAGUGAUAACCAGAAAAAGUCAGAGAUUUCACCAGAGCAAUCAAUAGUUCCAGCUUUAUCAGACCAAAAUCAAGACGAAGUUUCAAAAGAUGAUGACGAUAUAGUUAAGGAUGUAAUGCCGUCUGUAGAUCCAGAUGUACAAAAGGCCUCAGACUCUAUAAAGGAUGGUAUUUCAGGAGAUGCUAUUGGCCACGUUGUACCAACAACUCUCGAUGUAUUGUUAGGAGUAGUACAACCAACAAGGUCUUUUAGCAGUGAGCCACAAACUAGGCCAUUGCAAACACAAUUUGGGAGAAAAAGAAGCUCGGAUGACGGCCAAGAAUCCAAAUCAUCAAAAUACUUGCCAACUCCAACAUGUUCUGAUGUCAUAGAAAAGUUUGAGUGGAAUAAGGAUUUAAUUGGAACAUCAUCUCAAGCAGCUUUUAAGAUCAUUUUUGGUGAAAUUACAACUCUAAAGUCCAUGACAAAUAUUCAAGCUGAAAAGACUAUUACUGCGGCUUUCGAUGUUCUUAAAGAUCCCGCUGCAGAAGGAAUUAAUCCUCAGGAGGCUUUAGCAUUGUAUGUUUGUGAAGCCGAUAAGGAUCAUGGAAGAUCAGUUUACCAAAAGCUGAUAGAGUAUGGAUAUCUUUCAUCUUUACUUCACCCAAUUGCUCAUAAAAUGUGGGGAUGUGUUAAGUAUGGCCAUUAUUACGAUUCUGCUGGUAACAAUCCUCUGCAUCUUGCAGCAAAAUCUAAUAGUUUGCAGGUUGUUGACUUUGUUUUGAGAUUAAUAAAAGAUCCUAUCGAAAUUAAAAUGGCUUUAGAAGAGAGAAACGACUCUAACCAGACUCCUUUGGAUGUUGCAGUUGACGAGAGACGUCCCAGUAUUAUUAGAAGACUGAAAAAUACUUACAGAACUAUGUCAAACUUUGUUAAGAAACUUGAUCCAGAGGCUGUCAUGGAGGAAAAAAGAAAACAGAGAAUUAUGACCGAAUCUGCUGCAUUGUUCUGCAAGCCUGUUUUAAAAAUGAGCUCUUCUGAUUAUGAUGCGGUUCAAACAGCUCUUGAGAAGGGAAGGGAAGUUAGCCAUAUUAUUGAUAGUUAUUCUAAAGAAGAAUUAUCUAAAGCGUCUGUACAGAAAAAUCUCCGUGCUAAAAGAAAGGACUAUAAUGAUAAGAAGGAAGAAAUGUUGCAUGCACGUAAAAAUCAGAAAAUACAGCCUCACAAUCCAGUGGAACUUUCUGAAAGUAUUCUCGAUGACGAAGUUAUUAAGUAUGAACAUGUUGAUCAUAGUCACCACCAUCAAGAACUCCAAGAUAUACAAGGAGAAAUGGUAGAUGAUGGAACUGAAAAUUCUGUAGAAAAUGACUUUGAGAAAAAAAUUCCCCAUGAAGAACAAAGUGAAAUUGAAAAUAACAAAAUCCUUAACUCCGAAAAAAGUGAAGAGGAACAAAACACAAAACCAAAAAGCUUUCUUGAAAAAGUUCUAUUUUGGUCAAUUAUCAUCUUUUGUGUCGUAUUUACCGUAGUUCUUUUGCUCAUUUGGUUUGCAACUAAAGUUUAA